AUGGGCCUCAUCAAAGCCGGGUUAAUGCUGGCAUGCGGACACAAACACGAAUGCCAGCACCCGAACGGAUCUCAUCCUCAUCCUCCUCCUCCUGGUUCACGAUCCAACGACUACUACCCUCAGGACUAUAGAUAUAGCCAUGGCCAGGGAUACGGCUACGACUAUCCUCCAAACAAGCAGCAGCAGGAAUAUCAAUGUCAACAGCAACACCAACGACAACACUCCUCUCCUCCUCCUCUCCCUUCGCGACCGGAGAAAUACGAUCAAGACCAAGAAAAGAGAGGAUAUCCUCAGCAGCAGCAGCAGCAGGGAUAUGGAUACCCCUACAACCAGUCCGACUUUUUACCACCGUAUACACCUUCUGUUGAUGGGAAGAGAUAG